GGCUUGGAGAACAUCGUUACCGGCGCCCAGCAAGUGGAGAAGUUCUCCUGCUCGCUGGGGCUCAGGCCAAUGAGCCCGCGGGAUGAGAUCUUUCCGCUGCCGGCGAAGGAUGCAUUUGAGGAGGGCGCCUUUGAAGUGAGACUUCACGGAAGGUAUCCCUCCCGUGUGCGAGUGCUGGGGCGCUGGUCCAUGGAGAGCGGCAAAGGCUUCCGCUUCAACGUGGACGUGGCCCCGAGCGAGCAACUAGAGCUCAGCCAAAUUUGUGAGGUGAAGGCCACUUCCAGCGGGACGCAGCUCAUCAGGUCGCUGCUGUGCGAGGGCGGGUUUAUGUCAGCGACGCUCCGCUGGGGUGACUUUGAGGAUGGCACUGUGAAGGCCCUGAGGCUGCACAUGCACAUGCUGGAGAUGGAAGCACGUGCUUGGGCGAGUUGCCACAAGUUCCCGCUGAUCGAAGUCUGGCGCGGCCUGCGCGAGAAUUGCCCUUGGGCCCAGAAAGGCGCCGAGAACUCGGUGGCCGCCUACCGCUUCGGGCCCGGGCACGCCGCGGCCGCGGCUGCGGAGGUGUGGCCGCUCUUCGACCCAGGUGACUUUGAGCCUGCGGUGUGGCAUGGUUUCUCCAUAGAAGUCUCACCGGCGACGCCCAUCAGUGAGCUGAAGGCUGCAGCGCAGCAGCAUUUCAAGCGUCGCUUGAAGCUCAUUGCGAACGGCCAGCAACUGGAUUUGACGGGCACAGUGACAGAGGCCCGGUUGCGAGAUGGGGAUGUGGUGGUUGCGAUUGCGCAGCUUGGCAAGCUGGCUACCAAUGAAAGGGUAUUUGCUUUGAAUGGCUCCGAUGGCGAGGUUGUGACCUGGGGUGAUCCAGAUAGCGGCGGAGACAGCAGCCAGGUGCAAGAGCAGCUGACGAACACCCAGCACAUCCAAGCAACUGACCUUGCUUUUGCUGCCAUUCUUGAAGUUGUGACCUGGGGUGAUCCAGAUAGCGGCGGAGACAGCAGCAAGGUGCAAGAGCAGCUGAGGAACGUCUGGCACAUCCAAGCAACUUCUUGUGCUUUUGCUGCCAUUCUUGAAUCUGGGUCUGUUGUGACCUGGGAUGAUCCAGAUAGCUGCGGAGACAGCAGCAAGGUGCAAGAGCAGCUGAGGAACGUCUGGCACAUCCAAGCAACUUCUUGUGCUUUUGCUGCCAUUCUUGAAUCUGGGUCUGUUGUGACCUGGGAUGAUCCAGAUAGCUGCGGAGACAGCAGCAAGGUGCAAGAGCAGCUGAGGAACGUCCGGCACAUCCAAGCAACUCUUCGUGCCUUUGCUGCCAUUCUCGAAUCUAGGGCUGUUGUGACCUGGGGUUAUGUAGAUUUCGGCGGAGGCAGCCGCCAGGUGCAAGAGCAGCUGACAAACGUCCUGCAGAUUCAAGCAACUGUUCGUGCCUUUGCGGCCAUUCUUGAAUCUGGGGCCGUUGUGACCUGGGGUGAUCCAGGUUGGGGCGGAGACAGCAGCCAGGUGCAAGAGCAGCUGAGGAACGUCCUUCUCAUCCAAGCAACCUCUUGUGCUUUUGCUGCUAUUCUUGAAUCCGGCGCUGUUGUCACCUGGGGUGAUCCAGAAUAUGGCGGAGACAGCAGCCAAGUACAAAGGCACUGCCGCAGCUUGGCGGAGGCCCUGGACCAGCCACGCCCGCAUGUGCAGCUGCAGGGGGCCUUGCAAGAGGGCAACGUGCAAGUGGAGGCUUUCGCCUACCUCCUGGACCGGGUCUGCCGCCGUGGGGUUGGGGACAUCUUCCGGCGCUUUGUUGACCUGGGCUCCGGCCGGGGCUUGGCGGUCUUGAUCGCCCACGCGCUCUUCCCCUUUCGAGACUGUGUGGGCGUGGAGAUUUGCAAGGAGUUCAACGACUCCGCGCGGUCUCUGGCGAAGCGCUAUGCGGACACUGGCCUGGCAAAGUUUUCCAAGGCCAAGAAGAAGUUGGAUCCCACCUCGAUGUUUGUCGAGGGAGAUCUUCGAGACUUUGACUGGUCCGAUGCAUCGGUGGCCUUUGCCAACUGCGUGACGUGGCCCGUGACCCUGGUGGCAGCCAUGGCCCGCAAGGCGCUGCGCCUGCGCGUGGGGGCGGUGCUGCUCACCUCGAAGCGCUUUCCGAACGAUGUGAUGCGAGGCUUCGACUUCCGUGGCGAGGCCUGCAUGGGCGACUGGACCCCGUAUGCUGUGGAGCUGUGGGCAUACCAAAGGAUUUGAUGACUUACACGCGCUCUCUGCCAAUCUCUUCCAAACA